AUGAAGCCGACGGGGAAGAUUCUCGCGAUGCUGAUCGCGCCAGACACCAACGUCGCGCCCGCCUUUUCGCAGCACCAGUCUGUGUCGACGCGCCGCGGCUCCUUCUCGCGUCGCAGCACGUCAUCACUCAUCGCAUGCCCACAGCCGCUGCACCACACCGACCCCUUCGCCAGCAGCUCCGUCGCCAACUCCGCAAUUCCGUCGCACUCCUUCGCCACCCACUCGCACGCGGCGGCGACGACGUCGCCCUUCCCGGAUUUCGCCGGCUAUGGUAACCAGGCGACAGCGGGACUUAGCAGCCAUUCGCGAAGGUCGUCCAUUUCGUCCACGGGGCGACUCUCCCUCGCCGCACCAACCGCGGCCUUAACUAACCCCUUCCUCGAGCACGCCGUUGUGGAGCCGGAAUACACGCCGCCGACUGCGGCGCCGACGGCGCUUCCCGAAUCGACCGUCCAGGCAAUCACCGACGAACUCAAAUCCGCUUCCGCCCCCGGCGCGGAAUCCGCCUCCUCCGCCGCGCCCGACGCGCGCAAGCCCGCGGUAGUUAACACAGAGGACGCGCGCAAGCGCGCAAUGGACGCCGUGAUCGGCGCGGGGUACUGGGAGACAGAGUUUCUCGACCGUCUGAUGUUCCUCGAGGCAGAUCCGACGUUCACGCAGCUCCCAGCCGACCAGCUCCACCAGAUGAACCUGUCCCAGGAACUACCCGCCCCUCUGGAGCUUCUCGCGCUCGGGCUCGGCGCGGAGGUGGUAUCUGAGGAGGCGAUUCGGAAGGACCUCCACGCGGCGCGCAUGCGCGUGGUUGACGCGCUGAUGGAGGCGCAGCAUCUGGAGCGCGUCGCGCAGAUGUAUAGCCACAGCGCGGGCGCCGCCGCGGCGGGUGACAUCGGCGGCGCCGCCGCCACCGCCGCCGUGACCAAGUCUCGCGCCCCCGCGCCGCGCGCGGCGGCUGCAGGGGCUAAGUCCGAUGGCACCGCUCGUAGAAAGGUGCCCAAGGGAGGGAAGGCCGCGGCAGCGGCGAGUCCCAAGGCAAAGAAGGCUUCCCAGGAAGGUUCCGCAAAGCCCGCGGAGAAGGCUGGAGAGCUGAAGGCCGCUCUGAAGAAGUCGCCUGCGCUGAAGCAGUGGCUCAAAUUCGCAGCGACCAUCUGA